AUCAAGGAACUGCCGGAGAGCAAGGACUGCUGAACCAUGGUCUUAUGGGAGGAGUUACAGACUUGCCCAGGCUGCCUUGUGUCCUUCACUGGCAUUCAGGGCUCCAAAGACCCAGUGGCUGUGGCGUCAGGGUGCCAUGAGAAUGUGAGGGGAGCUUGCCGGUUAUGAGGUGCAGUACCUGUUGCUGACAGAUAGGAUUGGCUCCCGGACAAACGUUACUGAAAACGCGGGUUAUUCCCCUCCUCCUCAGUACCCACUCCCCGCCUUCCUUCUCUUGUUUAGACUAAUCUUUAAAAGUGAUGUAACUUAAAACAGUCCAGUGUGAGUUAAUCUUGGGGGCCAGCUAGUAUCCUGGGAGUAGAGGUGACUAAGAUCUUUUGCCUACAGAUUAGGGUAAUGACAAGAUCAAACACUGGGGUUUCCUGUAGGCAGGUAUAUAGGAGUGGUAUCAAAGGCGGACUAACGGAAUGGGUUUUUCUCCCCUCCUCUUCAGGUAUCGCAGAGCACAAUGGCUGAACAACUCCUUCCCCAGGCUUUGUAUUUGAGCAACAUGCGGAAAGCUGUGAAGAUACGAGAGAGAACUCCGGAAGACAUAUUUAAGCCUACCAAUGGGAUCAUUCACCAUUUUAAAUCCAUGCAUCGAUACACACUGGAAAUGUUCAGAACUUGCCAGUUUUGCCCACAGUUUCGGGAGAUCAUCCACAAAGCUCUCAUUGACAGAAACAUCCAGGCCUCCCUCGAAAGCCAGAAGAAGCUCAACUGGUGUCAAGAAGUCAGGAAGCUGGUGGCGCUGAAAACAAAUGGUGAUGGAAACUGCCUCAUGCACGCUGCUUCUCAGUAUAUGUGGGGUGUUCAGGACACAGACCUGGUCCUGAGGAAGGCUCUCUUCAGCACUCUCAAGGAGACGGAUACACGCAACUUUAAAUUCCGCUGGCAGCUGGAGUCUCUUAAAUCCCAGGAAUUUGUGGAAACGGGGCUUUGCUACGACACUCGGAAUUGGACUGAUGAAUGGGACAGCCUAAUCAAAAUGGCAUCCACAGACACACCCGUGGCCCGAGGUGGACUUCAGUAUAACUCACUGGAAGAAAUACACAUAUUUGUCCUUUGCAACAUCCUCAGAAGACCAAUCAUUGUCAUCUCAGACAAAAUGCUGAGAAGUUUGGAAUCGGGUUCCAAUUUCGCUCCCUUGAAGGUGGGCGGGAUUUACCUGCCUCUCCACUGGCCAGCCCAGGAGUGCUACCGAUACCCCAUCAUUCUCGGCUAUGACAGCCAGCACUUUGUACCCCUGGUGACCCUGAAGGACAGUGGACCUGAAAUCCGAGCUGUUCCACUUGUUAACAGAGAGCGAGGAAGAUUUGAAGACUUGAAAGUUCACUUUUUGACAGAUCCUGAAAACGAGAUGAAGGAGAAGCUCUUGAAAGAGUACUUGAUGGUGAUCGAAAUCCCCGUCCAAGGCUGGGACCACGGCACCACCCAUUUGAUCAAUGCUGCAAAGCUAGAUGAAGCCAACUUACCCAAAGAGAUAAAUCUGGUAGAUGAUUACUUUGAACUUGUCCAGCACGAGUACAAGAAAUGGCAGAACAAUGAGCAGGAGCGGAGAGAGCUACAUGCUCAGAAUCCUUUGGAACCUUCCGUUCCCCAGCUUUCGCUCAUGGACGUAAAAUGUGAAACACCCAACUGUCCUUUCUUCAUGUCCGUGAACACCCAGCCUCUGUGCCACGAGUGCUCAGAGAGGCGGCAAAAGACCCAAAGCAAACCCUCAAAGCUGCACUCCAAGCCAGGCCCCGAGGUGCUCCCUGGCAUGGCUCUCGGGCCCUCCCGGGGCGAGGCCUAUGAGCCCAUGGGCUGGAGCCCCGAGGAGCCAGCUGGGGGGCCUCAUUCGGCCCCUCCGACGGCGCCCAGUCUCUUCCUGUUCAGCGAGACCACCGCUAUGAAGUGCAGGAGCCCUGGCUGCCCUUUCACGCUGAACGUGCAGCACAAUGGAUUUUGUGAGCGCUGCCACAACGCUCGGCAGCUGGGCACGGGCCACCCCUCGGACAGCACGAGGCACUUGGACCCCGGUAAGUGCCGAGCCUGCCUGCAGGACGUCACCAGGACGUUUAAUGGGAUCUGCAGUACUUGCUUCAAAAGGACUACGGCAGAGCCCUCCUCGGGCCUCAGCUCCAGCGUCCCUCCUUCCUGUCACCAGAGGUCCAAGUCAGACCCUUCGCAGCUUGUCCAGAGUCUCUCCACACAUUCUUGCCAUAGAGCCGGGACCGAGGCUCCCUCCGGCUGCCUCUCUCAGGCCACUCGGACUUCAGGGGACAGGAUGGGGACCAGCAAGUGCAGAAAAGCCGGCUGCAUGUAUUUCGGGACUCCAGAAAACAAAGGCUUCUGCACGCUGUGUUUCAUCGAGUACAGAGAAAACAAACAUUUUGUCACUGCCUCCACGAAAGCCAGUCCCACGGCCCCCAGGUUCCAGAAUGCUGUCCCCUGCCUGGGAAGGGAAUGUGGCACCCUGGGAAGCACCGUGUUUGAAGGAUACUGUCAAAAGUGUUUCAUCGAAGCUCAGAGUCAGAGAUUUCACGAAGCCAAAAGGACCGAAGAGCAACUGGUGAGACAUUUGGAGAGAUCUAGCCAGCGCAGAGACGCGACUCGAAGCACGGCGAGCGCCUCCAGGCCCAAGUGUGCCCGGGCCUCCUGCAAGAACAUCCUGGCGUGCCGCAGCGAGGAGCUCUGCAUGGAGUGCCAGCACCUCGGCCAGCGCGUGGGCGCGGGGGCCCACCGGGGCGAGCCGGUUCCCGAGGAGCCCCCCAAACAGCGCUGCCGGGCCCCCGCCUGCGAUCACUUCGGCAACGCCAAAUGUAGCGGCUACUGCAACGAGUGCUUCCAGUUCAAGCAGCUGUACGGCUGAGGGGUGCGGGGGGGCCCCGGGGACCUGGAGCCUCAGCGGGAAAUGGUGCUAGCCGCAGCGAGCUGCGGGCAGCUUCGAGCAGGGGAGCA